CCCGCAUAGCAGAGUCGCGAGUUGCAGACCGGUCCUGGCGAACUCGUGCGGUGCGACUCGGAGAAGCGAGAGAACCGAGAUUGCAUGCCGGUAGCUGUCGACUCGAGGAACGAGGAGCGCCGGAUCACUGAGUCGGGUCUCUGCCGGCGGGGCGAGUCGCGGGCUGCCGCUGCCGUUCCCGUUCCCGUUCGCGUUUCUUCUCGAAGGCCAGUAAAAAUUCGUUCUUUUCACAGGUGGCUGCCUCUGACUUGAUUCCCACUGUUUUCAAUUGAACCAGCUCCCACAAUCUCAAUGACCCGAGCACGCAAUAUCACUGUUGCAUCUGGUCUAGUAGCUUUUGCUGCUGCAGGCUUGGCAUUUCCAUUUUACAUGGCGUCCAGGUCGUCUCAAGCGAAUCCUGUGAUCGAUGCAUCAAAGCCGCUCCCACCUCAGGCAACUUUUCGAGGGCCUUACAUAAACACAGGGUCUCGCGACAUUGGACCUGACCAUCAGACUUACCCAAAGAAGUGAGCUGCUGUGGCUUACGUUGGCUUGCUUUCUAAUGUCUACAUGCCUUUCUUCAAUGUGGCAAACAUUUAAGUUGAAGAUCCAUCUCGAAGCAGCACUGCAUGCUAGCCAAAUUCACUAAGUUUGGAAAAAAUAUUGAUUUCCAUCUUUUUGACAAGAUCUGUAGCUUUCCUUUUUUAAUAAAACCACCAAGCUGUAGCUUUCAUUGUUAUCUUCGUGUAAAUUUCAUUUGCUUUGGGGACAAUAACACUAAUAGCUCCUACCUUUUAGCCCAAUGUGCAAUGUUAUUUUUAAACUUUUAAUUUAUUCAAUGUAAUUCCUGAAAAUGCAGUCCAUAGAUUAUAGUGAGAA